GUGCGAUCAUCAUCCAUGACGCUCUUUCUCUGUUAAUCCCCAUUUUCUUAUUACCUUAACGGGCAUCAAACCACAAGAAGUACCUUAUUAAUUCAAAUAGUGUUUUGUACAUACUUCCAGGAAUAAAAAAUGAUUAAGCCAAAACAGCUGGCUAAUUUAUUGAAGCAAGCGGUAGAGGAAAACAUGCCCAAUGUCAUGGUAUUUACUAGUACUGGCUCUUUGCUAUCAUACGUAUCUUACGAGGAACCAGAGGAUGCCCUCAAGCGAUUAGAUUUGGUGAAGAGAAUUCGAUCAACUGCUGCUUUAGCAGGAAAUAUAUACUCAUUGUAUUCCGGAACGAAUCCUAGCCCAUUAGUAGCCGAGUCCACAGAUGAUAUUAUCGCUCAUCAACGGGAUGUCCUAUUUGAAACUAUAAUUGAAUUUGAAAAGGGAAAGCUACUUAUAGCUGCCAUUCCAACGGAAGGCUAUCAAGACAUUUUAAUAUCUAAAGAGCCUUUACUGCUAGGAAUCGUAGGAACGGAACAUGCCAAGGAGGGCAUGAUGCAACUAAAGUCAGAAAGGCUUAAAGAUUCUAUAACUAAUGAGCUUUCCACGAUUGGAAAACUUGGAUAAUGCGGAUUGUGCUUAUAGAAAAGACUAUUGCAACAAAUGAAGUGAACAUUCCUGACUAAGUAAUAGACGAAUGGUUUACCCAGAAAAUUUAUUCAUAAAAAUACUAAUGCUAGAAUGGUAUACUAUGAAGAUAAGAAUUGUUGUAUACGGGAACCACUUAGGUUUCUUCAUUCAUGGUUUAAAAUAUCUACUUUUCGGUUUUUUGCGCUUGCUAAACGUUAUCUUUUAAUGACGGGUAAAAAUUAGCGGACUUGCUUUAAACGUAAAGGUCUUUGAACUUGACUGAAAAAUUCGUCCAGGCUUGCAAAAUUUUCGUUGUUUUCCGCAAAGGCCUUAUGCCUCCUUCCUUGAAGGUGCUAAAAGAUCAGUUAAAAGAUUAUUUCUAAAAUUUUCUACUUACCUUCUCCAAAUCUCUGUACCUCUCACUACAAUUUUCACAGUAACCAGCUUUUGCGUCCACCUUAACCUUCUUGUGCGCUAGAGGAUCUACCUCAUAAGCACCAGUUGGAGCUCGCGUUGCUCGAUUAGCCGUUAAAUUUUGCUUAUUCAUAAGUCGAGGUUCCAGGAUAUUCAGUGGAGUCAUAGCGGACCUCUUUUCCAUCGUUAAUGGGUUUGAUGAUUUCAGCUGUUCGGUUGAAGUUUGUUUCUGAAAGGGUGCGCCGGAUUCUGUUGCGGUAAAGUCACCCAUCACUUGCUUUACAAUGACACUGGUGGGAUCUGGCUCAGCAUUAUUCGCUAUCUUUUGCUUGUAAGACUGAUUCAACAUUUGAUCUCUAAUUUCAUGCGCUGGGUGAUUAUACUUGGUUAUUUUAAGUUCACGUCUGCGACCAGUAUUAAAAGGGCAUCUGCCUUGAACUGUCAUUCCUAAAGUUGGCCAAAGAAUCUCUGUAUUAUGAGCAGGUCUUUCCCACUCGCGAAGUACGAUAGGCUUGUAAAAUUGAGUAAGGUCUCUUAUGCAUAGAAAGUUCUCUUGAAAAUACUCAACGUUUUUACUUGGAACGUAAAAGUUUUUUUCUGAUGCUCCAUAUACUUUCUCACCAUCCAAAAGUGCUUGCAAGCUAGAGGCAGAGGUAUUAGCGAGACUAUCUGGGUCCAGAAAAGUGAAAAGUAUUCUGUUCAAAAGUUCUGAAGGGUUAGUAUUUUCUUGUGAAAGAAUUCAUAACCUACUAUCAAUGGACCAUAUUUUCAUGUUUGCUUUUUUAGCGAGAUGCAGAGGGUCUGUUGGAGGACAUCUUUCAGGUUCUAGAGUUCUUGUUGUUAUAAAGUGAGUGAUUUCGAAAGAAAAGGUCGUUGUAGCUUUCUAACCAUGAUUGUCGUGUAUUAGCUUUUAUUCUCUUGAAUGCUUUUACUUCACUUACCGCUCCAAGGCUGCUUAUUUUUUGAAUGAUUCUUCUCUUAAUUUCCUCAUCGAUGCUGUCCAAGUAAAAUAAAAAAUUAGGGAAAGCUGUUCGAUAAUCUCGUUGCCAAUAACGAAGUUUGCAUACUCGAAUACUGGUGCGAGGCGCAUCCUUUUGUCGAUUUACGGCGGGUUUUGGACAAUAAUUAGAAAAAGCAGUGGCAGGAAGCGCUAGUUUUGCAGCGGCUGUUGCAGAAUUUAGGUUCUGUGUUCCUGCCAUAUCCGCUUUAGAAACAGGCCAGUCGAUACACGAUUCGGGAUUUGCUGCAGUUUGACAAAACUCCCCUUCCGAUGAUGAAUGAUUGUAAUCAAAUGGUACAAGCAAAAGUUUUGUUGGCUCUUCUCCAAUAUUAUGAAUGCCUGAGUUGCGAUCUACUAAAGGCGAUCUCAUAAGGGUUAUUAGCAGCUUGAUAGACUGAUCGUCAGUUCUAACGCUUCAAUUACUUAAAUAUAUGAACAGAAAGGAGAGCUAAAAAACUAAUGGCUUUCUCCCAAAUGAUUCCAAUCUCAGCGACUUUCGACUGUUAAUUACUCUAAAGAAAGCAAGACGAUUCUACUGAGCAAUGUGCAGUGUCCAGUAAAUUGUUUUAAAAAAGACAACUCUUUAUUUAUAUACUUUCAUUUUUGUUUGUUUGUUUUGCUUCCAACCAAUUUGUUUUGAUUUCUACUGUUGUCAACAAUUGUCAACAAACUGGAUUCACGCUUACGCGUUACACAGAACCGCGACGCGUCGCGCGCCGCCGCUUCGAACGAGCAAACUUUCUGUUAGCAUUAGGAUUU